UUUAUCAAUAUGAACAUGACAUGUUUCUAAAGCUAAAGGCCUCCCUGCAGACCGUUUAUCUGUUGAAUACAACCCGUUGCUCCACACGUAACAUUGUGCUCGUGUCCCGGUUGUGUGUGAAGGACAUGGCGGGGGUCGCGCUGCUGCUGAGGGCCCUCCGGACCCUGCGCCCCGGGACACUGGAUGCGACCGCGAGCAGGCUCCCGGGCCCGGGGGACUGCGUCCUGACGCCGGCCUCAUGCGCGCUGUCCCCGGCGUGGAGGACCACCGCCGCCCGGACGCUGCAGCUGUGCUCCGCCUCGUGUGCCGGGCACAACAAGUGGUCGAAGGUGAAACACAUCAAGGGACCGAAAGACGCGGAGAGGGGCCGGAUGGUCCUGAAGUUUGGGAUGAUGAUAAAGAUAGCUGUGAAAGAAGGGGGCGCCAACCCAGACAUGAACCUGAACUUGGCGCAGAUCGUGGAGCAGUGCAGGAACAACAACCUGCCCAAAGCGACCAUAGAGGCUGCCAUCAAGAAUGCGGAAAAAGCUAAACCAACUUCCCAGCAUAUGUUUGAAGCCCGGGGGCCCGGUGGGUGUCUGCUGCUCAUCGAGGUCCUGACUGACAACAACACACGGAGCCACCAGGAAAUCAAACGCCUGCUCACCAAGAACCGUGCGAUGCUGUCGGACGGCGCCCGCCACAACUUCAAGCGGAGGGGCGUGGUCUUUGUGCCGGGUCAGGACGUCUCGACGGAGCGCGCCCUGGAGCUGGCCAUCGAGGCGGGCGCCGAAGAUGUCCAAGAGACCGAGGAUGAGGAGGAGCGGCCGCUCCUGCAGUUUAUCUGUGACAUGGCGGAGGUGAGGCAGGUGCGGGCCUCGUUGGAAGAGCAGGGAAUGCAGAUUGCAUCCGCCGGGCUGGAGUUUGUUCCCCGCACCCUCUCGACUUUGGACGAGGACCAGCUGGUUGCUGCUUCCACGCUAAUCGAAGCCCUCAAUGACUGUCCAGAAGUAGUUCGAGUCUGGGACAACAUCCAGGCGCACUGAAUAUCUCGCAUGUGGCAUAUUAGAUUUCACAAAGAAAGGAUACAUGUCCUACUUGUCUACACAUACUGCUUUUCAGAGAAAAUACAAGUGGCCUUUUCAAUGCUUUCUUUGUGGGACUUGAAGGUAAUCGACAGCAGGCCUCGAGCGGACUGAAGAUGCACUCCUGUCACGGCCCUUCAGGAUUUUUAUUUCAAGAGUGAAGCGUUUUGUUACUUCAUCAUUCAUCGGAACCUCGAGAAAUGUAAAUGUUCUAUCAAAGUGUAAUUUAACUUUAAAUAUUUGAGGGAGGAAGAAGUAUUUAUAUAUUAACAAGGAUCAAUUAAAAAAGCAUUCUCUCGAGACAUAAAAACCAUGAAUAAUAAUUUGUUCCAUUAAAAAUAUUAAAAUUACAUCUACUCUUCGGCAUAAUCCAGAAUCUAUGAAUGAUUUUUUUUCUCAAAAAAUGACCUCUAGAAAAGGUGUCUCCUACUUCACUGAAACGUCCAUUCUCGUGUGCUUUAAAGGAAUUACAUUUUCACAUCGUCCACACACAUCUAAAUAUUGGAUUUAAAGUGAACACUAUUUCAUUUUUCCUCUUCAUUGAAUUAAUGUAAAAACUGUCUCUGAUACAAACAACGGCUGUCUAUUCUUGCACAGUGAAGCCCAAAUAUCCAAGGAAAGUAAGACAAACACAAGCGACGUAUGUAUGAGUGUGUGUGUAAAUACCGAUGACUGAAGGUAUUUAUAUAUAAAUAGAUAUUAUAUAUAACUAGAUAUUACAUAUAUAUAGAUAUACAUAUUAUAUAAAUAUAUGCAUAAAUAUUAUAUAUAUAUUAAUAUGAUAUAUAUAUAUAUAUUCCCAUCUAAUUCUCAGUAGAAAAGCCAAUAUGAAUUUCCUUUAUGUCAAACUGUUCCUCUAAGAAAAUCUAGACAAUUUCUGUGAUCUUUUUUCUUAAACAAAAGCGCUUUAUAUAAUACACAUGCUCCACAUGGUGUUGUUCUCUGAUGCAAAUACUAGAUGGAGUAGCGACCCUUCUUCAAAAUUACCACACAUAUUUCUGUCAUUUCUUUCCCGCGCUUUCUAUUUCACAGGUUCUGCUUCACUCGAUCGGUUCCGGGCCCGAUUUGUGAAAAUGGUUCAUAAACAAGUGUUUUUCUGACUUUAUGUUUCGCAAAUAAUCACACAUCAUGACCCUGUACGGAAACAUCUACAGUACGAAAUAGCUCCUGUUCAGCCACUGCUUCCCAUAAUAUCACAACAUAACUUAAUAUCACAACAGGACUCACAGCAUUCGUUUUACAAUGACAGUUUUCAGUUUGUUUGAAAAUAAAUAUGCAUGUUUCUCUAUAGUGUAGAGAUUGUGUAUGAUGUACUUCAGGCAGUCUCGGUAUUAAACAGUAACUGGAAGAAAACAUAUUUUAAAUCGUUAACUAAAUCUGUACUAUGGAUUUUUAUCAAUUUGUUGAUGAGUCACCUCACUGUGAAAUAAGUGUCUGGAUAUAAAACUAACAUUUUUAAAACUGCGAGGGACUGUUUAUGUAACAGAAAGAAAAAAAUGGGCAUGUGAAUAAAAUAAUUAACUUUAAAACAAUA